UUGAGUGUUCUUUAUUUAUUUAUUUUAUACAUUUAGUUUGCGUGCAGAACUACAAAUAAUAAUUAUUAAAUGAGUGGAAGAAAUAAAGGAAAGUCACGCAAUAAGGGAGGACACUUCCGAAAUGGAAACCCUAAACGAAAUUGCGAUCGCAAAUUCGCCCAGCAUGAAAAUGAGCUUACUAAUGUUGAUAGUGACAGUGAUGGCUCAUGUUCAUCAUCAUCUUCGGAUGAUGCAAAAAAUAUUGAUAAGCACGGAGAUCCCCCAUCUUUUCAAGUUGCAAUGUGGGACCUUAAUCAUUGCGAUCCAAAGAAAUGCUCCGGCAGAAAACUGUCUCGUUUGGGUAUAAUUGACAAUUUGCGACUGGGACAAAGAUUCCCUGGAGUAGUUCUAACACCCGUCGGCACAAAUUGUGUCAGUCCCCUCGAUAGAGAUAUAAUUGCACAAAAUGGUGUAGCCGUUGUUGACUGUUCAUGGGCGAAAUUGGAUGAAACGCCUUUUAAUAAAAUGAGGAGCCCAAAUCCAAGACUUUUGCCAUUCUUAGUUGCUGCCAAUCCAAUUAACUAUGGAAAACCGUGUAAGCUAAGCUGUGUGGAAGCUAUUGCAGCAACAUUGUUCAUAACUGGUUUUAAAAAGGAAGCACAUUGGUAUAUGGGCAAAUUUUCAUGGGGACAUUCAUUCAUUGAAUUGAACGAAACAAUUUUGGAGAAGUAUUCCGAAUGCAAAAGCAGUGAAGAUGUGCUCAAGGUUCAAAAUGAAUAUAUUGAAGAACAACAAACGUUGAGGGAUCAGCCAAAGGAUUAUAAGGAAUUCUUUCCAUCCUCUAGCAGCAGUAGCAGUGAAGACGAAUAAGGCAAAGCAACCCAAAGCUUUCUUCUUUAUUAGUUCAAGUUCCUUCAAAGCUGGAAAUUUAAUCAUAUUCUUUUAUAAAACCUAUUUUAAGUUACGAUAUUACUGUACAUAACUAAUAUAUGAAAAAGAGUACAAUG